AUGGCGACUCUUUUACCACCCCCCAAGAGACAAAAGUCGAACUACGCCAAAUCACUUGAAAAGCCAGUCAUAGUAGAAGCUGAGAAUAUCCCAUCAAUCGUUGUUCAGUUUAAAUCUUCUGAAGAUGGUUCGAAUCUUGGUCCAGCGAUCAACCUACCUGCUGAUACCGGUAGAGAUGCUUUACAAAUGCUAGUCAACAAACUUAGAGGAGAGACCGAAGACCCAUUGCCGUAUGCGUUUCACCUUGUACCUAAAACACCUUCGACUUCGACCUCACCUCAAUCCGCAAGAGUACAAAUAAACAACUCGAUACAACUUGACGCUCUGAAAGUAUCAGGAACCACAUUCUCCCCUGAAGAUGUGUUCGAGCUGUGGUGCGAACCACAAGCUGUAUUCAGAGUGAGAAGCGUAGGAAGGUGUAGUGCUACAUUGAGUGGUCAUUCGUCCCCGAUUUUAUGCUGCGCGCAUUCACCUACCGGUAAAUACGCUGCUACUGGUUCAGGAGAUGCUACAGCUAGAAUAUGGGAUAUGGAGACUGGAACUCCAAAGUCCACUCUGUCAGGACACAAGGGAUGGGUACUCUGCGUUGAAUGGGAUUCAAGGGAGAAUAUUUUGGCCACGGGAGGACAUGAUGGUCAGGUCCGAUUAUGGGUUCCUUCGACUGGCCAACCUCACGGUCAACCUUUACUCGGCCACACCAAAUGGAUUACAUCUCUUGCUUUCGAACCUCUUCAUCUAGUGCCUUCGAAUUCUCCUUCACCGCGUUUAGCUUCCGCUUCAAAAGACGGUACAGUCAGGAUCUGGAAUACAUCAACGAGAAAAUUGGAAUUCGUAUUGACUGGACAUGCAGCAAGUGUGAAUGUGGUCAGAUGGGGUGGUGAGGGAGUGAUAUAUACUGGAAGUAGUGAUAGGACCGUAAAGGUCUGGAGUGCAGUGGAUGGGAAACUCAUCAGGACACUCAAUGAACAUGCUCACUGGGUGAAUACCAUGGCUCUGAGCACAGAUUUCGUUUUGAGAACCGGACCUUUUGACCACGUAGGGAAAGUACCAAAAGAUGAUGACGAGGCCAAAGCAUUAGCGCUUGCACGAUACAAGAAUGUCAUAUCGACACAUCCCGAGACAUUGAUAACAGGAUCAGAUGAUCACACAUUAUACUUAUGGCCCGAUCAAGCUUCCUCAUCAUUCUCUUCAACUGCUACACCAAAGAAACCAAUGGCAAGAUUAACAGGACAUCAAAAGCAAGUCAAUCACGUGGCUUUCUCACCUGAUGGAAGGAUGAUUGCAUCUGCUGGAUUCGAUAACGCCGUGAAGAUAUGGGAAGGAAGGACCGGAAAGUUCAUCGCUAGUUUACGUGGACACGUGGCUGCAGUGUAUAGAGUAGCUUGGUCGGCUGAUUCAAGGAUGUUGGUCAGUGCAAGUAAAGACACUACAUUGAAGCUUUGGAACCUGAAGACGUACAAGAUCAGAAUUGAUUUACCUGGACAUACAGAUGAAGUGUAUUGUGUUGAUUUUGUCGCUGACAAAGUAGUCAGUGGAGGAAGGGACAAGACUGUAAAGAUGUGA